GUAUGUGUCUGCCUGGUCAUAAGUAUUAGUCACCAUUGAAGGUAGGCCAUGUUUGGCAUGUCGUCGGUUUCAGAUGUUGUAGAAUUUUAACAACCAGCUGCGGGUCUCGAGCCCAUAACUCUGUGCUUCAAUCUCGGUGUGCUGAACCACCCGGCCAUCUUUCUUCUACCUGCGAUCGAAUCCUCGACUCGCUGCCACAAUAUCAGUGCUUUUAAUCACUUAAUUGGCCGUCCCCGCCCAAAUGCUAGCAUACGUGUCGAGGUCAAGUGCACAUUUGCUAGAGUGUUUAUUUGUGCAUAACUUUUUUUUUGCUUUGCCUAAAUUUAUAAUAUAGAAUUUUUCACUACUUUCGUCAGCUAACACCUAGAAAACUUUCAUCCAUUCGCUCAUCUGUAAACCAGAUCGCGUGAUCUAGCAGCUAACAUUGUGACGAUACAUUCUUAUAGGGUUGGGUAUUGUUGCCUCCUAAGAAGAAACCUGUUAGAAAAAUGUCGUGGACGAAAUUUCAAUUGGGCGUGGCACUGCUCAUGGUGGUCACGGGCUCCAUCAAUACGCUAUCUACCAAAUGGGCGGACCGGAUGGAAAGCAUCAACAGCGAGGGGGAGCUGGCGCACUUCAACCAUCCCUUCUUCCAGGCCGACGCGAUGUUCCUGGGCGAGCUGUCCUGCAUGGCUGCGUUCUACAUCAUGCGGUGCGUAGCUCGCAGCCGACGUCGUCGCCGCAACAACGCCGAGCUGUCGCUGCCCGAGGAACAAACCAACUUCCCGCCGCUCAUCUUCUACGUACCCGCCUUCUGCGACAUGGUCGCCACCUCCACCAUGUACGUCGGCCUCACCCUCACUUACGCCAGCUCCUUCCAGAUGUUGAGAGGUUCGGUGAUCGUGUUCACGGGUCUGCUGUCUGUGGCGUUCCUGAACCAGAAGCUGCGCUACUUCAACUGGCUGGGCAUCGCCUUGGUCAUCGUGGGGCUCGUCGUGGUCGGCGUCUCUGACUUCCUAGGGGACAACACAGAAGACUUCGACACUAAUGGCAUCAUCACGGGAGACCUGCUGAUCAUAGCGGCGCAGGUGGUGACAGCCACUCAGAUGGUCGUGGAGCAGCGCUUCCUCACCAAGCACACGGUGCCUGCUCUGCUAGCCGUCGGCUGGGAAGGAUUGUUCGGCUUCAUCACGCUGACGAUCUUGCUGGUGCCGUUUUACUACAUCCCAGCAGGGAUGUUCUCAGGCAAUCCUCGCGGCACGCUAGAGGACCCCAUCGAUGCAUUCAUCCAGCUCAGCAACAACCCGAUGCUUGUGGUCGCCGUCUUGGGCAACGUGAUCAGUAUAGCGUUCUUCAAUUUUGCGGGCGUUUCGGUGACGAAGGAACUGUCGGCCACCACCCGCAUGGUGCUCGACUCCGUCAGGACGCUCGUAGUGUGGCUCACAUCUCUCGCACUUAAGUGGCAGCCCUUCCACUAUCUGCAGCCCAUCGGCUUCAUUGUGCUGGUGCUCGGCAUGUUCAUCUACAACGACGUGCUGAUCCUGCCAUACAUGAGGAGCAAAGGCUGGGUCAACGACGCCCUCCCUGAAGAGGAACGCAUCGUUGAUGGCGCUGAAGAGCCCGCCUGCGACGCAACAUCCCGACCAAGUACACCUGAUGCAUUGAUUAUAAAGAAAGCCUCCUUGAGCUCAAGUGACGGCAGCGCAUCUGGAGUGAAGUCGUAGCUGAAAUGAAGACUCCUGACAUUCGCCCCCGCCCCUCAAGUCCUAGUUCCUACCUACAAUAUUGCUCGAGUAGUGCGAGCUUCAUAUUUGUUAUUUAGAAGAGAGCCGAGAUGUUCUUGUGUGUGAGAUGCAUUAUUUAUCGGGCAGUGUGAGUUGUAUAACUUGUGCUGUUGCUCAUACAUUCCUUCACGACAUUUCGUAGUGUAUCAUUCAGCCGUGAAAACGACGAAUUGUAGCGUAUCAAGUUUAACCUAACAGUUACAUAUUAAUAUUUUUGAAUUGCUUCUUUAAAAUGUGAGAAAUGUAAUAGUUUAUAAAACUUCUCUACUUGCUAAGUAAUUUUAUUGAAACAUUAGCGACGUCUCGAUAGAAUAUUACAUCUGUUGGGGCACAUUUGGCUACGCCUCCAUACUCGCAUAUUACACCUCCAUGGAAGAGCGUAGCUCGAUUGCACUUGUUGAACAUUUUCCUUGGGUUUGAGUCUUACUUCUUCGUGUCGAAGCUACGUCUUCCUGCUGCUCAAGUUGUGCUAGUUUAUAAGCAGUCGCUUAAAAUAUCAAGUGCAAUGCUUGUAUUUGGAUCUUGUGGCCUUCCCCGGCACGCAGUUUGUUAGACAUGCUCUGAAUGUGCAAGAAGUCGAUGUAUUUCAUAGCAUAAGAAAAGUAUAAAUUGUUGUUCAAUUCAAUAUCGAAUGUUUUAGUGAAGCAUUGUAUUAUCUUUAAUUCACAGCAUUACACUUUAAAUAAACCUAAGAAAUUUGAUUUCAUAAUUUCCACAUCGUUCAAUUAAAUUGAAAUCAGGCACACUAUUGUCUCGAUCACAAGGUUAUGUCCUCGGCGACCGUAUGUUCGUUCGUAUUUGCGAAACUUACAAGUAAAUUCCAGUAAAUAUGAGCGACAAUUCAUGCAAGGAACGCUGUACUUUUUUUUAAUAAUUUCUUUGCGAUGUUAAC